AACGUGAACAAUAGGAUGGCUGAAUACAGGGGUCGAUCCAACUAUGGGUCGACUUUCUUCGAGAAAAACAACAAAUUCAAUGACAUUAAGCCUGUCGUGAAGAAUGAGAUCAAGAAUGAGAGCAAACCGUUUGGCAAUAAUUAUGAGCACAGAGGCAGAGGUGGCAGAAGCAGAGGCGGCCACCACUACGGGGGCCCUAAUCGGCCGCCCCAUCACUUCGCUAAUUACUCGACACCACCCGUGGCUAAUAAUGUACACAACGGCGCCGAUUGCGGACAAAACCUCAUGACUGACGGCGUGGCGAAUCAGAUGCCGGCGUUUGGCAGCAGAUACUCAUACGACGGCCGUCCCUCUCAUCCAAAUGACUUGAAUUAUUGCGAUUCUUAUCGAUAUUACUCCAAAUCCAAUGGCAAUUCUUAGCCCUAAACUACAUAUCAAUAUUGGUGUCAAGCCAUAAGUGACAUCAGGAAUAAGAUUACAUGCUUUUUAAGAUUUGGUGACCUGUCUUUCAAUUGAGUGCUAAAUGACUCCACA